UUCAAAUAUGAUAAUAAACACAACGAAACGAAGGACCCGCAUGGUGUGGUGGUGAACGCGUUACUCCCCGGAAAGGACAAUAGCGCGUUCGUCCCCCACCAUAGACACCUGCGGUCCAGAGUUUUGCAAAUAUCUCAGCAACGUUGUGGUUGUAUAAACACAGGCGGCUAUCGUGAUCAACACGGCCAUGACGUGUCGUACAAGCGUGAAAUGCAGACAGCUGUCGAUCCAGGCAAGGAGUAUGCACUUCUGAAAGAAGAAGAGAAACGAGUUGUGGAAACGGAUCUUGAGCCUGGCGUAAUCUCAAGGUUAGCACUGACAGAAAGAUGA